GAAAAGAGAAGAGAGAGAGGAGAGAAAGAGAGAGGGAGGGAGGGAGGAGGGGAAAAAAAUUGGUCACAUUUCUCAGACACCUGAAAACGUGCUGGUUAUUUUAGGACGCGUGUUGCUCAUUGAUGAGUGUGUGUGUGUAGAGAGAGAGCGAGAGAGAGAGAGAGAGAGAGAGAGAGAGAGAGAGAGAGAGAGAGAGAGAGAGAGAGAGAGAGAAGCUUAUACCACUUCCACUCCGGUCAUGUUUUGAUUGUGACUGUACGUGUCAAGCAGCUGAGAGCUCCGGGACCCUCUGUGAUUCAGACAAGUUCCACAGUGAUCCCUCUCCCCACAGCCUGGCAGCAGCAGAAGGUGUGCGGACGCAGAGCCGAGCAUCCCUUCACCCUUUGGAGACGAUCUGAGGCAUUAACAGAUCAUUUUCAACAUUUCUUUUUUUGCAAACACACGUUUCUUCUACUUUGCUCUUUUUGGAGUCUUUUCCCGGGUCUUCACCCCCCACUGCCCUUUGCGCAACCCCGAUUCUCUGAGAUUUUGGAUACGCGCUCUAUGCCUUGGCAGUUCAUGACCCUUUCACCUGUGUCAACGAAACUCCUCGGUGGUGGCAAGCAGCAGCAGCAGUCGGUCCAGCAUUAAAGCCAGCUCACGAUUUAACGCCACGGAACCGGAGAGCAGCAUCGACCGAGCGGAGAACAUGGAGAACAGCCCUGGUGGUGGUGUCAUCUUAUACGCCGGCUCAUCUGGCAGUGCCAGCCCGAGUCCUGGCAGCCCAUCCAGCGGAUACCAGACCCAGUCGCCCUCCUCCCACUCGCAGCCCUCGUCCCCAGAGAGUAUCUUCUUUCAGGAGAUUGGGGCCCAGAGGCAGAGAGGCGAACAGGGGGCAGGAACCCCUUCCCCGAAAAUGGUCUUCCAGUUUCCCGAAGUAAACAAUGCUCCAGUUGCCCAAGUUACGACGGUAUCAUCGGCGACCUACAGCCAACCCACGGUGGCCAAAAGACCUUGUGGUUUCACUGGCACGUUCACCAAAACUGGAGGAAUGGUGCUUCUGUGUAAGGUGUGUGGAGACAUCGCAUCCGGGUUCCACUACGGUGUGCACGCCUGCGAGGGCUGCAAGGGUUUCUUCAGACGCAGCAUUCAGCAGAACAUCCACUACAAGAUGUGUGUGAAGAAUGAAAACUGCCUCAUCAUGCGCAUGAACCGAAACCGGUGCCAACACUGCCGCUUUAAGAAGUGUCUGUCCGUGGGCAUGUCCAGAGAUGCUGUGCGUUUCGGGCGUAUUCCCAAGCGGGAGAAGCAGAGACUAUUGGACGAGAUGCAGAGCUACAUGAACAGCCUCAAUGAAUCGGCUUCCAUGGAAAUGGAGGUGUCGCCUCCCGGCGACGCCCUCGCCACGGCCAACGAAGGCCCCGUGUCACAGUCUUACCAGGUCGGCUUGACGAACGUCGACGAGAAACCUCUCAAGAUGGCUUCCCACAACAGCAACGUCUGCCCGUCCUAUCAGAACGGCUCGGUGCAGGAGCCCGCCCUGUCGCACCAGACCUCCCAGCACACGGUUCAGGCGAACCGGACGUCGAGCUACCACGUCCCCACAAACUGCCCCAGUGCCUCCACCAACAAUGAGAACUCCACCAACACUAACAUGGACAAUGCCAAGUACACAUACUCCUCCAAUCAGAAUCAGUGCCCCGUUAGUGGCCACCUAUCACAUCAGUCCUUCUCAGCCAAUCAGAACAGUUUUCCAGCCAGUGAUUCCCAGAACCAAAACGCCUGCCCCUGGAAGCUGAACGGAGGCGCCAAAGUGCUGGCGUGUCCACUCAAUUCGUGUCCUGUGGCUCCAGCCAGUCGCUCCAGUCAGGAGGUGUGGGAGUCCUUCUCCCAGUGCUUCACCCCCGCUGUCAAAGAAGUAGUGGAGUUUGCAAAGAGCAUCCCCGGCUUCCAGACUCUCAGCCAGCACGAUCAGGUCAUGCUGCUCAAAUCUGGCACCUUCCAGGUUCUGAUGGUGAGGUUCUGCUCACUGUUUGACCCCAAGGAGAGGACAGUAACCUUCCUCAACGGACAGACCUACUCCCUGGCGUCACUGAGGGCCCUCGGCAUGGGCUCCUUACUGGACGCCAUGUUCGAUUUCAGCGAGAAGCUCGGAUAUCUGGGUCUGGAGCCGGAUGAGAUGGCUCUUUUCAUGGCCGUCGUGCUCGUGUCAGCCGACCGCUCUGGUAUAGUGGACAUGGGAGCAGUGGAGCUCCUGCAGGAGAAUCUAAUAAAAGCGCUGCGCUCUCUCAUCACCAGUCGCCGCCCGGACGACAGCACCCUCUUCCCUAAGCUGCUGCUCCGUCUGCCAGACCUGCGCACGCUCAACAACCAGCACUCUGACAAGCUCCUGGCCUUCCGCAUCGACCCUUGAGCUCAUACAGCCCCGCAGCCUACCGAGGUCUCUGCCUUGGGGGGGAAACAGCCACCCGGGCUCCCCAUGCAAGCCAGGCCUGCCACAUUCAGUACAGUGGUCCCUGCUUGAUGGUAGCUGUUGUGGGAGCUGUGCCAACAGAGCUGCUGUGACAGAGUGGACUCAGCCAAGGACAGAUGCACAGUAGGAGGUGGAAGCUCCUGAACUCAAACUGAUCUCUUCUCCAGUUGCUUCCAGGGUUGCUUAAAAAAAAAAAAAAAACUGUUAAAACAAAGUCUGUGUUCUUCCUCAUGUUCUUCGAGUCAACAUCCAACCACCAAGUCAUUACCUCUCCCCCCUGGAGUUUUGUCCGAGACAGUUUCACCUCUAAAGACCAAAAAGAAAAGAGGGCUUUCUGUCCCUCACCAGACUGUGUCCUCCCGUCGACGCUCAUGAAGCUCGAGGGAGGGAAGCUCAUACUCUUUCCCAGAAAAAAAAACACACAUGCAAACAUUCACCAACGAUGAUUUCGUACUGUACAUUCAUGCUACAAGUGUCAUAAUGCACUUUCCAUACAUUGAGAAACCUCUUGCAUUACUAUAUAUCAUAGCAAUAGAAAUGUCUAUCACAGUUAGGAGGAUGGUUUGUGUUUGCCCUGCUCAAAGGAUCUAAGCUAUUUUCACAAUGUGUCACCAUGUGGGAAAUCUUUGUAUAUAAAAAAUAACUCAUCUGUGACUGAGAAAUAAUAAGACAUUUUUAAGAAAUGAUUUGCGUUGUAUAUUUGUAAGCGGUAAUCAGGGAGAAGUUUUUGGUCAUUUCCGACCAAAGUGUCUGAUAAAAAGGUUGAGGUGUUCUGUUGUAUAUUUUGUAUAUAACCUUUAUUCUUGGUGCAUACCCACACUAGUUUGCAGAUUCUCUGAUAUGUAAAUUAAAGUUAGUAUUGAAAAUAUUGUAUGAUGUCACACAUAAUAGAGUUGCUCUACAGGCUGCAGAGACGGCAGCCUUUGAACCAUGUGUUCUGAGUAUAAGCUUUUUAUUUGAAGAUAUAUAAAUGAAAUAUAUACGUAUUGUCAACUGACUGCAUCACCUUGUGAAUAUUUUGUAAAUGUUUUAUGGUUAAACAUAGAGUACCAUUAUUAAAAUAACGUUCUAUAGCAUCCUU